UGUAUAUAUGUAUAUGUAUAUAUACAUAUAUAUAUAUAUAUGUUUACAUACUUUCAAAACAAGCUAUUUCCAGCCACAUAAGUGGAAGUUUAGAAACUUCUCCGGCAUGAAAACAUGAGUGAAUUCGCGUGAUUCUUUGUGUGCUUUCAGUUUACAUACAAAAGUCCGCCUCUUUAUUUUUAGUCCAAUGUGUUGUAACUUAAACACCAAGUUAAAGAACAAGGCAAUCUCGCUUUCUUUCCCGGUAGUUUUAUUUUUCGAGAGGACGGACGCUAAGCGACCGCUUUGAAAAGCACAGUCGCUGACCUUCCUGUCGACUCGCGCCGGGUUGUUACAAAGCCUUUAUCGUAAAGCUCAGUAUAGUAGCGCACUCAGAUUUCAGGAGCGAAUGACAGCGGGCUGGACAUAGUGACUACAGCAUUAUUGAAGUUUUUAUUUUUAUAUUCAGGCACUGUCGGCCCUUGGUUAAGGUUAGGGAAAGAUCAUGGUCUGGUUCUAUACAGAAAAGUCUGCAAUGUCUUCAGACACAACGGGUUUAAUUCGGCUACAUUUAACCCUUCUUCCCUAACCUGAACAAGGUGCCGUUCGCCUAAACCCCCGCCACAGACUGGAGUUUGGAUGCGGAUGCUGGUCUCUUGUGUGAUGUUGGGUGCUUUGUAUGCUUGGCAUUACUUUAUUCCCGAGAAUAACAUAACAUAUAAUAAUAAGACAGUUUAGUUAUGGAUGUAAUUUCUAAUUCCUAUUAUACAGUUGUUGUGCUGCAUAAGAAAAUGUGAAAAGAAGAUGUGAGAGUGUGACACUGAGGCAGCUCCUUCAAACCAUCUUCUGCACAUAUUUGGUUUGCCAACUUUUGGUGUUCAACCUUACUGAAAUCAUUCUCAGAUAUUUGGACACCUAUAUGAUAUUCAGUCGGACGGCCCAGAGAGUUAUCAAACUAAAAAACUUGUUAUCGUUUCAUCAUUUCUUAACAAAUGAUGAAUGUAUCUAUAAUAGCUCAAUCAAACCGUAGUUUAGGUUGAUUAGGUUAUAUUAGAUACAUUCAUUCCCCUUUAUUUUCAACCAAUUUACUUUCAGUCCAGGAUUCUGUCAGUGUUUUGCCCAUGCCUAACACUGACUCAGGCUUAGUCCAUCUCCCUGCUGCUUGACUAAUAUCUUUCACCGUUAUUUUAUGUCUAAAAAUAAUCAUGUAGCCCUUUGUAUUUCCUUAAAUCUUUUCAAAGAAUCCAUUUUUCUCUCAUACAAAAUUAUAUUUACCACCUAUUUUAAUCCUGUUUCCAUUAAACUACAGCUAGUAUACAUCUUCCCUUCAUGCUGGUAUAUUUUCAGUAUCUUUUUUCUGUCAUUGAACUGCUGCUGCAUUAAGCAUUUUAGAAUCUGCCUGUUUCUUUUUAACUUUUAAUAACAACUGAUGAGACUGAUAUGUGCCUGGACUACAAUUUUGCUUAGUCAUUUACCAGGCUGGGUUGCAUUUACAACCAGAUGUCUGGAUCGGGGUGGAUACUAUAGGUAGCAUGUGAUUGGCCAGGCAGUGGGAGGAGGCUCUGUUCAAAGUUAAACAUCUGGAAGCCCUUACUGCUGCUGUUCAGUCAUUCAGUAACUCAGUAGGGUUGAGUGGAAUACUUCUGCAAAAGAGAAGAUGUCCUUUAUAAAAGUAGAUGCAACUUCGGAUUUCUCCUUCCACAACCUCCCUUAUGGAAUAUUCUCCACCCCUGAUAAUCCCAAACACCGUAUUGGUGUUGCCAUUGGAGACCAGAUACUGGACCUCAGUGUGAUAAAGUCUUUGUUUCGCGGACCUGUGAUUUCCAAACAUCAGGAUGUCUUUGAACAGCCCACGCUGAAUGCUUUCAUGGCUCUUGGUUAUGAGGCCUGGAGGGAGGCCAGGAGGACCUUGCAGGUGUUGCUGUCAGCCAAUGAGAGCACACUGAGAGAUGACAUCAGCCUUCGGAGCAGAGCAUUUGUCCAUCAGAGUGCAGCGACCAUGCACCUUCCUGCAGACGUCGGCGAUUACACGGACUUCUACUCCUCCAGAGAUCACGCCACCAACGUUGGAAUUAUUUUCAGGGGAAAGGAGAAUGCUCUGAUGCCAAACUGGUUGAGGCUUCCAGUGGGCUACCACGGCAGAGCAUCAUCAGUGGUCGUUUCUGGGACCCCUAUCCGCCGCCCCUCAGGCCAGAUGAGACCUGACCAGACGAAACCUCCAGUGUUCGGCCCGGCUAAGCAGUUGGACAUUGAGCUGGAGAUGGCCUUCUUUGUUGGAGGAGGGAAUCAGCUUGGGGAGCCCAUUCCCAUCCAGAAAGCCCAUGAACACAUCUUCGGCAUGGUACUCAUGAAUGACUGGAGUGCCAGGGACAUCCAGGCCUGGGAGUAUGUUCCUCUGGGUCCUUUCUUGGGGAAGAACUUUGGGACAACAAUCUCACCCUGGAUCGUCCCCAUGGAGGCACUGUUACCCUUUGCAGAGCCCAACCCCAUCCAGGAUCCAGAGCCCCUCCCCUACCUCCAACACCAUGAUGCUUACACUUUCAACAUUAACCUGUUUGUGUCACUAAAAGGACAGGACAUGGCAGAGUCGGCAACCAUCUGCAAGUCAAACUUUAAGUACAUGUACUGGACCAUGAAGCAGCAGCUCACCCAUCAUACAGUCAACGGCUGCAACGUCAGACCAGGAGACCUGCUGGCUUCUGGUACUAUCAGUGGACCUGAUCCAGAGAGUUUUGGCUCCAUGCUGGAACUGUCAUGGAGGGGAUCUAAGAGCAUCGAUGUGGGAGGAGGAGAGACCAGAACCUUCCUCAAGGAUGGAGAUGAAGUCACCAUCACAGGUUACUGUCAAGGAGAUGGAUACAGGGUGGGCUUUGGACCAUGCACAGGAACCAUCCUACCAGCCUUGCAACACUAAAACAAACUGUUACUCAUGUCGGCAUCCUUUUGUGGCGCAUAAAUACUGGAAGACACAGACUUACACACCUACACCUACAGGAUCUCACCCUGCUUUGAUGUUCACUACCCAUGCAAUGAAAAUAACUAGGGCUGGAUACAAAAAAAAGAUUUUCCAGUUAAUCACAAUUUUUAUAUGAAUGAUCCAAUAUUGAUUGUUAAUAUCCGGAGAUCGUUCUUUGCAUUUGCGCCUCUUCUCAGUAAACAUGUACAUCUGCGCUAAAUGUUAUGUAUGCAGUGGUUACUUGCUGUAAGUUGUUCAGUUAGGUUUCUUUGGUUUCUUUUGGUUACAGUUAGGUUACUUUGUGGAAAUCCAAUUGUUGGAAUAUGAAUAGCCCUUAGUCACAAGUCCUGUAAAACUGUGAUCUAAAUAGUUACAAUCUAUUUCGAUCUGCUGUAGUUUACAGGACUGUGGUGACUCAGAAUGAUUAGUUGAUUCGGGCUAUCUCGUAGCAGACCUAGAGAUUGUAUCUCUGAGGGGAACAGACCAAGAAAAGACACCCUGAUGUGAACUUGUGUUUGCUGAAGAGAUAUUAUCUCUGGCUGUGAGAUGUGAAGCCAUGGAACUUCACUUAACAGUGUGUGGAUUCUACUUUUUCUGUCUGUCCCUGCUGGGUAGCUAACACUAGCUAGCCACCUGUCUGCAGAUAUCAGGCUGAUGUGUUGUCAACCCAAACAGUGUAGAUGAAUUAGGGAGCAGACUUUCAGUCAGUUUCUGUUCUUUCUGUGCUCUCAGUGAUCAUUAAAGGGGAUGUCUGUACCCAGUUGAAGCAUCUGGUACUGACAGUCCAUUUGUAGCUGUAUUUUCCCAAACAGCCACAAAUGGGGCAUUUCUUUAUAAAAAUAAUGAUGAUGGCCUUGUAAGUGGUUCAGUUUCAUUUUUAUUCUUGCUCAACUGUUUUGCACGUGUAGGCCUAAAAAAUGUAGAUGAGUCACGUUUAAGUCAUUUUGUAUUCGCUGAACAAAAUAAAUCCUCGAUCCUAGGAAAUUUGUUUACAGAUAAGCCUAUAAUGUGAGCUUUACACAGUUCUAUAUUCAAGGAAAAAACAGAAAUGCUCAGUUAUUGAAAGUAAAAGAAAUAUAAGUUCCCAUGAUAAAUUCUAAGAAGCAUUUUACACAACAUAGGUACUUAUCUGAUGACUUGAUCAUAAGGAAAUGAAUCGAAUCGAAUCGAAUCGAAUCAAAUGUGGACUUUGUGAAUCGAAAUCAAAUCGAAAUGGGAGAUCAGUGGCGAUAUCCAGCCCUAAUGACAUCAACCAAUCCUUCUCUUUCUCUCUCUCUCUCCCUACCUCUCUCUCACACACAAACAUUAUACACAUACACAUCUUUCUCUUAAAAAUGAAAUGAUUCCAGCUUUAGUUAAUAAUUGAUGAUUCAGUCUGUGUAGUCUCAGAGCUCUGCAGAGUUGUAGUGACCUUCUUAUUGAAAUCCUCUGCAAUAUUCAUCUACCCAAGGGAUUUUCCCACAUCACGUCACAGUGUUACUGCUGUACCAGGAUCAGUGUUACUGAUGUUUUAUGUGUUGGCUCCUGUU